AUGUCGCAGACCAAGAAAAGAAAACUUGAGUCGGGGGGCGGCGGCGGCGGCGGCGGCGGCGGAGGAGGAGGAGGAGGAGGAGGCGGGGAGGGUACUGACGAGGAAGAUGGCGGGGAGCAGGAGGCGGCCCCGCAGCGACCGCGGAGGACGAAGCGCGAACGGGACCAGCUGUACUACGAGUGCUACUCGGACGUGUCGGUGCACGAGGAGAUGAUCGCCGACCGCGUCCGCACCGACGCCUACCGCCUGGGCAUCCUGCGCAACUGGGCCGCGCUGCGGGGCAAGACGGUGCUGGACGUGGGCGCGGGCACGGGCAUCCUGAGCAUCUUCUGCGCGCAGGCGGGCGCCCGGCGCGUCUACGCCGUGGAGGCCAGCGCCAUCUGGCAACAGGCCCGGGAGGUGGUGCGGCUCAACGGGCUGGAAGACCGGGUGCACGUGCUGCCGGGCCCCGUGGAGACGGUGCAGCUGCCGGAGCAGGUGGACGCCAUCGUGAGCGAGUGGAUGGGCUACGGGCUCCUGCACGAGUCCAUGCUGAGCUCGGUGCUGCACGCGCGGACCAAGUGGCUGAAGGAGGGCGGCCUCAUGCUGCCGGCCUCCGCCGAGCUCUUCGUGGCCCCGGUCAGCGACCAGAUGCUCGAGUGGCGCCUGGGCUUCUGGAGCCAGGUGAAGCAGCACUACGGCGUGGACAUGAGCUGCCUGGAGAGCUUCGCCACGCGCUGCCUCAUGGCGCACUCGGAGAUCGUGGUCCAGGGACUGUCCGGCGAGGACGUGCUGGCCCGGCCGCAGCGCUUCGCGCAGCUCGAGCUGGCCAGGGCCGGCCUGGAGCGGGAGCUGGAAGCCGGCGUGGGCGGGCGCUUCCGCUGCAGCUGCUACGGCUCGGCGCCUCUGCACGGCUUUGCCAUCUGGUUCCAGGUGACCUUCCCCGGAGGGGACGCGGAGAAGCCCCUGGUGCUGUCCACUUCGCCUUUUCACCCCGCCACGCACUGGAAGCAGGCGCUGCUCUACCUGAACGAGCCGGUGCCCGUGCAGCAGGACACGGACGUGUCCGGGGAGAUCACCCUGCUGCCCUCCAGGGACAACCCCCGCCGGCUGCGCGUGCUGCUGCGCUACAAAGUCGGGGACCAGGAGGAGAAGACCAAAGACUUCGCCAUGGAGGACUGAGCCUCCUCCUUUCUGCCCUCCGUCUGCCAAGAAAAGUGCCAUUACGGGGUGUUCCUUGCUAUAGUGGCUUUGCCUCAGGCCUUCCUGGGUAGGGAGAGCGACUUCGGUUUGCAUUUGAGGAGGUUCUGCUGGCAAGGUUUAUUUACAAACAGACCCUCCCCCAGGAAGAGCAGAGGCGGUAUGCUUGUUAAAUGGGCUUUUAAGCCGCAAAAGCAUGUAGUACGAAGCACUUGUAUUUCCAUUAUAUUUCCCCACCCCUGUAAACUGGGGAGGGGGAGAGGGGAGUCACAGAGAAAACGCCCGUUUAUAACUGGUCUGUGCACAAAUCUAACACCUUACACCUUGUUCGACUGAAUCUGUGGAGACAGGUAAAAGUUCAGUUAGAUACAGAAAUGCCCAAUAUGGCUUUCGCUCCACAGCUGUGUUUUCUUAGUCUCUGAACUCCAUCCAUUCCCAGGUACCUACCUGUACACUAAAGUGUCUGCACUUCCUUGCUUUCUAAACACAGUUCUCCAUUAGUGAAGAACUAGGAGAGAGGAGGAAUUAGUUUAAGUAACCCCCGUUCUCAUGACUCUCACUCUUGCCCCCGGGUGCUAAGAACCACACAGUAUCCAGCAAGUAACAUGGACUUGAUGUCAUAGUACAACAUUCCUAGGAAAUGCUAAAGGUAACAGGAGAAAAAUCUAAACAAUUGUGAAUAUUUGAAAUUUUUUGGGUUUACUUUUAAGACUGAGCCAAGGAAGUUUCAUGUUCUAUAAUAAAUCUUUGUGUAAAUCUUAA